AGCCUGAAGCUGGGGAAGCCUCUGUCAGGCGGCCUCGAGACCGGGGGAUGAACGCAGGUCCCUCGGGGUCCCCGAGAGCGACCCACAGGGACAGAGUGGAAGGAGGAGCAGGCGGUUUCCCAGAACCAUGAUUGCUUGAUCUCACAACCCAGUGAAGACUUCUCUCCUGAUAAUGUCAAGUUCAGGCUACCCUCCGAACCAGGGAGCCUUCAGCACUGACCAGAGUCGCUAUCCUGCCCACUCUGCCCAGUAUACCUUUCCUACCACUCGCCACCAGCAGGAGUUUGCUGUGCCUGAUUAUCGGUCUUCUCAUCUUGAAGUCAGUCAAGCAUCACAGCUUCUGCAACAGCAGCAGCAGCAGCAACAGCAGCAGCAACAGCAGCAGCAGCUGAGGAGGCGACCUUCCUUGCUUUCAGAAUUUCACCCCGGCUCCGACAGGCCUCAGGAAAGGAGAGCUGGAUAUGAACAAUUUCAUCCAGGUCCUUCUCAGGUGGACCAUGAUUCCUUGGAAGCUAAGCGACCUCGGCUGGACCAGGUUUCUGACACACAUUUUCAGCGGGUCAGUGCUGCUGUCUUGCCCUUAGUACAUACACUGCCAGAGGGGCUGCGGGCAUCUACAGAGGUUAAGAAGGAGCCAGCUUUUGGAAGCAAACAUGAAGCCCCAUCUUCUCCUGUUUCUGGCCAGCCCUGUGGAGAUGACCAGAAUGCUUCUCCUUCCAAACUUUCCAAGGAAGAGUUAAUACAGAGCAUGGACCGGGUGGAUCGAGAAAUUGCAAAGGUAGAGCAGCAGAUUCUCAAACUGAAAAAGAAGCAGCAACAACUUGAAGAAGAAGCUGCUAAACCUCCAGAGCCAGAGAAGCCUGUGUCCCCUCCUCCUGUGGAGCAGAAACAUCGCAGUAUUGUCCAAAUUAUUUAUGAUGAAAAUCGGAAAAAAGCAGAAGAAGCUCAUAAAAUUUUUGAAGGUCUUGGCCCCAAAGUUGAGCUGCCACUUUACAACCAGCCGUCCGACACCAAGGUGUACCAUGAAAACAUCAAGACUGGAGCACCUGCAAGGCGCAUGAUGAAAAACCAGGUGAUGAGGAAAAAACUCAUCUUAUUUUUUAAAAGAAGAAAUCAUGCAAGAAAGCAAAGGGAACAAAAAAUCUGCCAGCGUUAUGAUCAGCUCAUGGAGGCAUGGGAGAAAAAAGUGGACAGAAUAGAGAAUAAUCCCCGGAGGAAAGCUAAAGAGAGUAAAACCAGAGAAUACUAUGAAAAACAGUUUCCAGAAAUUCGAAAGCAACGGGAACAACAAGAAAGAUUUCAGAGGGUUGGGCAGAGAGGAGCUGGUCUUUCUGCCACCAUUGCACGAAGUGAGCAUGAGAUUUCUGAAAUUAUUGAUGGCCUCUCUGAGCAGGAGAACAAUGAAAAACAAAUGCGUCAGCUUUCUGUCAUCCCACCCAUGAUGUUUGAUGCUGAACAAAGAAGGGUGAAGUUUAUCAACAUGAAUGGUCUCAUGGAGGAUCCCAUGAAAGUGUAUAAAGACAGACAGUUCAUGAAUGUUUGGACUGACCAUGAAAAGGAGAUCUUUAAGGAAAAGUUUGUCCAGCAUCCAAAGAACUUUGGUCUUAUUGCUUCCUACUUGGAAAGAAAGAGUGUGCCAGACUGUGUUUUAUAUUAUUAUUUAACCAAGAAAAAUGAGAAUUAUAAAGCCCUAGUAAGAAGAAAUUACGGGAAACGCAGAGGAAGAAACCAGGUACCAUGGACUGCUGAGAAAAAGCAACAAAUUGCCCGUCCUUCUCAAGAAGAAAAGGUAGAAGAAAAAGUUGAGGAAGAUAAAACUGAAAAGACAGAAAAAAAAGAAGAGGAAAAGAAAGAUGAAGAUGAAAAAGAUGAGAAAGAAGAACCUAAAGAAAACACCAAAGAGAAGGACAAGACGGAAGGGACAUCAGAAGAAACAGAAGAAAGGGAGCAAGCCACACCUCGGGGUCGAAAAACAGCCAACAGUCAAGGUCGUCGGAAGGGUCGCAUCACCAGGUCCAUGACAAAUGAAGCUGCACAAGCGAGUGCGGCCGCAGCUGCUGCUACUGAAGAGCCCCCGGCUCCACUGCCGCCACCGCCUGAACCUGCUUCUGCUGAACCUGUGGAGACUUCACGUUGGACAGAAGAAGAAAUGGAAGUUGCUAAGAAAGGCUUGGUGGAACACGGUCGGAACUGGGCAGCCAUUGCCAAAAUGGUGGGGACUAAAAGUGAAGCCCAGUGUAAAAACUUUUACUUCAAUUACAAAAGGCGCCACAAUCUGGACAACCUGCUGCAGCAGCACAAGCAGAAGUCUUCACGAAGGCCCCGGGAGGAGCGAGACGUGUCCCAGUGUGAAAGCAUUGCUUCUACUGUUUCUGCCCAAGAGGAUGAAGACAUUGAAGCUUCCAAUGAAGAAGAAAAUCCAGAAGACAGCGAAGGUGCUGAAAAUAGCUCUGACACAGAGAGUGCACCUUCUCCCUCCCCGGAUGAGGGUGCCAAGCCAGGUGAGGACCCAACAGAAAAUGCCUCUUCUGGCCUAGCCAGCGAGGCCCCGGGAGAACUGCAAUCCAGUACAAGCGGCCCCGGCGCUUCUCCCGCUUCUAUCGUCCCGACUGCAAAGCCAGGAGCUGGACAAGAAGCCUUGGAAACUCAGGUUAAGGAGGAAGUCACUGAAGACCCUGAGGAGCCCAUGGAAAUUGAUGGUGAAAGUCCCUCUGCUGACACUCAGUCACUUGGUAGUCUCUGCGGGCAAACCAAAGCAGAACCUGGUGACGCAGAGGUGAGGGUGCCCGAAAAUGUCCAGGUGAAAACAGAAAGGGACGCCAAAGAGGGAGACUCCGCAAGGCCCAAGGAGAGGUCUGAGCCAGAGGACACGAGCUUCGCCGUAGCCCAGACUUCCAGUGCUCUGAGGCCUGAGUCUCGUUCUGACAACGAUUCCAGCGCGACCUGUAGCGCCGAUGAAGAUGUGGAUGGAGAACCUCCUGAGAGGCAGAGAAUGUUUCCUAUGGAUUCAAAACCUUCACUGUUAAAUCCUACUGGAUCUGUAUUAGUCUCUUCUCCCAUCAAACCAGCUACAAUGGACCUACAACAGCUUCAUCAUCGAGCUGCUGUCAUCCCACCAAUGGUCUCCUGCACCCCCUGUAGCGUGCCGGUUGGUGCCCCUGUGAGCGGCUAUGCUCUUUAUCAGAGGCACAUUAAAGCCAUGCAUGAGUCAGCCCUCCUGGAGGAGCGGCAGAGGCAAGAGCAACUUGAUCCAGAGUGUCGACGUUCUGCAAGUCCCAGUGUCGAAUGGGAAGGAAAAUCAGUGGCCCUUCCGGCUCAUGCUGAGGUCAGACCUGCAGUAGAACAGGCAGCGCAGAUGCAGAGCCCCGCAGCGGGGUCCCGGCAGAGGCCCUCUCCAAGAGGAGUCAGUAGGGCAUCUCCACAGCCUGGUCGGAGUGACGCCCGCUGUAGUGCCCCACCAGUCCUCCAGCCUGCUCCACAUCAAGUGAUAACAAGUCUCCCCGAUGCAGCACGGCUUCCAACAACACGACCCACCAGGCCACCGCCUCCACUCAUUCCUUCUUCUAAAAGCACUGUGGCCACUGAAAAGCCAUCCUUUAUUAUGGGAGGAUCAAUCUCACAGGGAACCCCUGGCACCUAUUUGACCUCUCAUUGCCAAGCUUCCUACACACCAGAGCCAGCAAAGCCUUCAGUUGGGUCUAUCUCUCUUGGAUUACCACGACAGCAGGAACCGACAAAGCCUGCUGCCUCCAUCCCCUACAUCAAGCAGGAGGAAUUCUCUCCCCGUGGUCAAACCUCCCAGCCUGAAGGCUUAUUGGUCAGGGCCCAGCAUGAAGGUGUUGUCAGAGGUACUACAACAGCAAUCCAAGAAGGAAGUAUCACUCGAGGAACCCCAGCUAGUAAAGUUCCUGUUGAAAAUAUCCCUUCCCUUCGAGGCUCUAUUACUCAGGGUACUCCAGCUCUGUCCCAGCCUGGUAUACAAACAGACACAGUGGUGAAGGGAGCGAUUGCCAGGCUUUCCAUGGAAGAAGGUAGCCCAGAGAAGAGUCGAGAGGAAGCUGUAGCCAAAGGCCAUGUGAUUUAUGAAGGAAAGAGUGGACACAUAUUGUCAUAUGAUAAUAUUAAGAAUGCCCGGGAAGGAACCAGGAGUCCAAGGACUGCUCAUGAAAUCAGCUUAAAGAGAAGCUAUGAUUCCAUGGAAGGAACCAUCAAACAAGGGAUGUCGCUGAGAGAGUCUCCUGUGUCAGCCCCACUGGAGGGGUUGAUAUGCCGUGCACUGCCUCGGGGGAGCCCUCAUUCUGAUCUUAAAGAGAGAGCAGCGCUGUCUGGCUCCAUAAUGCAGGGGACACCAAGAGCCACAACAGAAAGCUUUGAAGAAGGCCUUAAAUAUCCCAAACAGAUUAAAAGAGAGAGUCCUCCCAUCCGAGCAUUUGAAGGAGCCAUUACAAAAGGAAAACCAUAUGAUGGAGUCACCACUAUCAAGGAAAUGGGACGCUCAAUUCAUGAAAUUCCAAGGCAAGAUCUUUUAAGUCAGGAAAGCCGAAAAACUCCAGAAGUAAUCCAGAGUACAAGACCCAUAAUUGAAGGUUCCAUUUCUCAGGGCACACCCAUAAAGUAUGAAAGCAGCUCUAGUCAAUCUGCCAUUAAGCAUAAUGUCAAGUCCCUCAUCACGGGUCCUAGUAAGCUCCCUCGUGGAUUGUCUCAAUUGGAAAUGGUCCCAGAGAACAUCAAGGUGGUUGAACGAGGAAAAUAUGAAGAUGUCAAGGCAGGAGAACCAAUCCGUUCCCGUCAUACAUCAGUUGUUAGCUCUGGUCCCUCUGUUUUAAGGUCAACCCUUCACGAACCUCCCAAAGCACAACUGAGUCCUGGGAUUUAUGAUGACACCAGUGCAAGAAGAACGCCUGUGAAUUAUCAGAACAUGUCUAGAGGGUCUCCCAUGAUGAACAGAACUUCUGACGCUGCCGUUUCUUCUGGGAAGUCCUCAAAUCAUGAAAGGAAAUCCACACUUACUCCUACCCAAAGAGAAAGUGUCCCUUUACCCUCUAAGUCUCCGGUCCCAGGUGUAGACCCUGUCGUCACCCACAGUCCCUUUGAGCCCCACCACAGAGGCAGUACACCAGGAGAAGUCUAUCGAAGCCAUCUUCCUGCACACCUGGAUCCCGCGAUGCCAUUUCACAGGGCACUGGACCCUGCGGCUGCUGCAUACCUGUUCCAGAGACAGCUUUCCCCAACGCCAGGUUACCCAAGUCAGUAUCAGCUUUAUGCGAUGGAAAACACGAGGCAGACGAUUCUAAAUGAUUAUAUUACCUCACAACAGAUGCAAGUUAACUUGCGCCCUGAUGUAGCCAGAGGACUCUCCCCCAGAGAGCAACAAUUAGGUCUCCCAUAUCCUGCAACCAGAGGAAUCAUCGACUUGACCAAUAUGCCUCCCACCAUCUUGGUGCCUCAUCCUGGGGGUACAAGCACUCCUCCAAUGGAGAGAAUCACUUAUAUACCAGGUACCCAGCUGACCUUCCCUCCCAGACCUUACAAUCCUGCUUCAAUGUCUCCAGGCCACCCUUCACAUCUGACUGCAUCUGCUGCCGCAAAUGUUGAAAGGGAACGUGAACGGGAAAGGGAGAGAGAGAAGGAGCGUGAACGGGAAAGAGAAAGAGAGAGGGAGCGGGAGCGGGAGAGGGAAAGGGAGAGAGAACGGAUCGCUGCUGUCUCUUCAGAGUUAUACCUUCGUCCAGGUUCCGAGCAGUCUGGACGGCCCGGCAGCCAUGGCUAUGUCCGCUCCCCUUCCCCCUCAGUGAGAACGCCAGAGAAUCUUCUGCAGCAAAGAUCCACUAUUUUUCAGGGACCCAAUGGAACCAGCGUCAUCACCCCUUUGGAUCCCGCUGCCCAGUUGCGCAUCAUGCAGAUGCCCCCCGGGGGGCCCGCACUAACCCCAGGCUUACCUGCCUCCCGCUACAACACUGCUGCCGAUGCCUUGGCUGCUCUGGUGGAUGCCGCUGCUUCUGCCCCUCAGAUGGAAGUGACCAAAGCAAAGGAGAGUAAGCACGAAGCAUCCAGGCUGGAGGAGAACCUGAGAGGCAGGUCAUCUGGUGAGCAGCAGCCACAGCCACAGCCGGAGCCAAAGACGGGCCUGGAGGUGGACAAGAGGUCCGUCCAGUGCCCGUAUACAUCCUCAACUUUCCCAAGUGGCAAACCCCAGGGCCAGACGUCUUCAAUUGUUUAUUCGGAGGCUGGCAAAGAGAAAGCCCCUCCUCCUAAGUCUCGGUACGAGGAGGAAUUAAGGACGCUGGGGAAGACCACAAUCACCGCAGCAAACUUCAUCGAUGUCAUCAUCACCAGGCAGAUUGCCUCGGACAAGGAUGCACGGGAACGUGGCUCUCAGAGCUCGGACUCUUCGAGCAGUUUAUCAUCUCAUCGAUAUGAACCAUCUGGAGAUGCUAUUGAGGUGAUAAGCCCUGCCAGCUCACCAGCACCACCCCAAGAAAAACUCCAGACUUACCCACAGGAGGCUUCAAAGGCAAACCCUGCAGAAAGUGAUCCCAAUAGACAAUAUGAUGGAUCCCUGCCUCGAUACCGACCCCAACAAGAAUCUCCGUCCCCGCAGCAGCAGCUGCCGCCACCCCCUCCUUCUUCGCAAGCAGAAGGAAUGGGACAGGUUCCCCGGACCCAUCGCCUCAUCACACUUGCCGACCACAUCUGUCAAAUUAUUACACAAGAUUUUGCUAGAAACCAAGUUGCCUCGCAGGCUUCCCAGCAGCCUCCUACUUCUACAUUCCAGAAUUCAGCAUCUCCUUUAGUAUCUACUCCUGGGAGGGCAAAAACAUCGAGCCGUUACAGUCCAGAAUCCCAGUCUCAAGCUGUCCUUCAUCCACGGCCCAGCUCCAGGGUGUCUCCUGAAAAUCUUUCUGAUAAAUCCAGGGCAAGGCCUGGAAAAUCUCCAGAAAGAAGUCAGGUCUCCUCCGAACCCUACGAGCCAAUCUCCCCACCUCAGGUUCCAGUCAUCCAUGAGAAGCAGGACAACAUCCUGCUACUGUCUCAGGGCGCAGUGCCCGCAGAGCAGAGGAAUGAUUCCCGCUCACCAGGAAGCAUAAGCUACUUGCCUUCCUUCUUCACCAAGCUGGAAAACACUUCACCCAUGGUGAAAUCAAAGAAGCAGGAAAUUUUUCGUAAGUUGAACUCCUCUGGUGGAGGUGACUCUGACAUGGCAGCUGCUCAGCCAGGAACAGAAAUCUUUAACCUGCCAGCAGUCACUACCUCAGGCUCAAUCAGUGCCAGAGGUCAUUCUUUUGCGGAUCCUGCCAGUAAUCUGGGUCUAGAAGACAUAAUAAGGAAGGCUCUCAUGGGAAACUUUGAUGACAAAGGAGAAGAUCAUGGAGUUGUCUUGACACAACCUAUGGCAGUAGUACCAGGUGGUUCAAACCCAUCCAUGUUGGGCAAUAGUGAAACACGCAGAGAGGAAACAAACCCAUCACCUAAUUCUGGUGGAGGAGUUGGCAAACCGAAGAUAAUUGGCAAGUCCAAUAGUAGAAAGUCUAAAUCACCCAUUCCUGGGCAGGGCUACUUAGGAGCUGAACGCCCCUCUUCUGUUUCAUCUGUCCAUUCAGAAGGAGAUUACCACAGGCAGACACCUGUGUGGGCCUGGGAAGACAGGCCCUCUUCAACAGGUUCAACGCAAUUUCCUUUCAACCCUUUGACGAUGCGGAUGCUCAGCAGUACCCCGCCAACAUCGAUCGCAUGCGCCCCCUCGUCCGUGAGCCAGGCGGCUGCUCACCCACCAAACAGGAUGUGGGAGCGAGAACCCGCCCCACUGCUCUCCUCACAAUAUGAGACGCUGUCAGACAGUGAUGAAUGAACUAUGCACAGAUUGACGCCGGGGGGAGGGAUCUUAACUUUUUUUUGUGUUGGGUUUUUUUUUCUCCCAAUUGCGGGUCAAAAAACUGUCUCUUGACUUGUGCCCAGAGAGACUUUCCAGGAGAGCCAGGGCCACACACAAUGAAGAAAUGAUGGAAUCUCAUUUGGAGAGUCAAGUAGAAAAAUGACUGUGAUACAGCCCGUGAAGAGGAUUUUAAUAGUGGAGGGUGGAAAUCCUGAAGAUAAAUAUGUAAAGAGUUUUUAAAAAGUGGACAAUUCCUGUUCUACAUCUAUUUGUAAAGAAAAGCAUAAUGUCUUUAAAUCAUUCUUCUGUAAAUAGAUUACCUUUUUGCAGUGUUUUCCCCUCGCUAUAGUAUCUGGUGUACUUGUGUUCCAAUCAGCGCAUCGACUCUGGGGGUCAUUUUGUGAUUUUUUUUUUUUUUUUAAAGCAACUUAAGCGUGACUUCGGAACCCUUGCCUUCCAAACGACCUCACUCGGCCUUGUUACACUGCAUUGGCCGUCAUGGGCAUUGUAUUUUAAUGACUUGUUUCUCUUUACAUUUUCCCAGUGAUGUUUAAAAUCUUUUGUGAAAAUGUUAAGCUCUAAAGGUGGACUAUAAGUGGUCCUGUGACAGGAUCUGUACAUUAUUAUAUUUAGAUCAGCCAGCAGGAGGAAAACACAUUUCCUUCAUUUAAAGUAUUUUGUCACCUUGUACAUUUUCAGUGCAGUCUUUAAAAAGUUUUCUUAAAUGAGCACUGCAGCAAUAUUAUUGCAUGGGUAUGUGAUGAUUGUUUGAAAAGAGGCCUAUUAGACGAGGUGCACACUGGUGACUUAACUCUUAGGCCAGGCUGCGGGCAGACUGAACCCCCCCCCCUCUACCCGCCCCCUCGGUCCCGGCCCUCGGGAGUGGGCUGCUGCUGAAGCAAGGCUGGCCGGCUUGGGUUCCAAAGGAACCUUUCCCUUGUUGGUAUGUGAGCUUUUUUUCUCCCUUGAAUUUUAUUGAGCAGUCAAGCUACUUAUAGCCAAUAUCAAGAUAUUUUAGAUUUUGUGCUCUGCAGUAUUGAAAACCAUGUGAUUCACUGUUUAACAGUCUUCUGUUCUUUGCACAAACUAGUACUUAUCCUCUCUCCGCUUUCUGGUUUGGGGGCCAAGCUUAAUGUUAAACAUCUGGCUAAUUAAGCUAGUUUUAAAUUGGAGUAAGGAAUUAUUUUAUUUGUGGUCCAAGACUAUUUUUCUGAUCCAAUCAAUCACUGCCUGCUGAAUUUUAGGUGUUUUAUCACAAUGUCAGGCAGGCAGGCAAUAAUCUGUCUCCACUCUCCCUUUGCAUCUAGGUACUAGUUAAGAAAAUGCCAGGUUUGUUUGGGUUAAAAACGGGUAAAAAGGACAUAGGAGGUUCAGGUACAAUUUAAAAUUUGCUGGGAUUAAUAUACACUGAACUGUCAAAAGAGAGUAUCCACGGUAGUCUGUGUAUACCCUUUAGAGAAACUUGGGCCUCUCUUGAGGUUUACUAAGAAAUUCCAAAGGAGUUCAAAUAUUUCAUUUCUGAUACUUGAAAGAUGAAUAUGUGUUCGCUUGAUUCUGUGAUUACCUCACAUUUAAUAAUGGGAUGAUUCCAUCUGAUUAUCUGUUCGGUUUGAACCAUGGGAAAUUUCUAGAAUCGGAACAGUUUUACUGAUUCGUUAGUCCACAGGUAGCAACUUGUUACAGUAUUUUUCUAGAUGCUUGAAAAUCCAUGCCCACCCAAAAAAAGAAAAAAAAAUGCUGUUCUUGGCCAAGUUUUCUUAGUAAAAAAAUUUUGUUCAAUGCACAGAGGUCUAAAUAGAGACUUUUCAGAUCAAAUUGUGGACCCAUGAUGCUUUGCCACAUUCAUUACUUCAAUCUCAGUGAAGGAAACCAAAAAGCCCACACAGUUCUGUUAAUAAUAUUGAAUCUCCAGGAGGAGUUCCUUUUAGUAUAUAACCUUGGACAGAACCUCAGGGUUCUUGGUAACCCAUUAAAUCCAUCCCUACCUGAUCAAAAAUCCCACCUUACUUACCUCCAGGGCCAGGGGCUCAUCUUCUCAUAUCAUUCAUUUCCCUUUUAGGACUCUCCUUGUCAGGGGAAAAAAAAAGUUUUCCUGUCAAGUCUCAAUCUGCCUCCCAGCAACUUCUGCCUGUUUCUGCGUGCAGUCUAUGUCCUCUGGGGUCAAGCAGAACUCAGCUAAGAACUCCUCCUCAUGGCAGCCAUUCGGUUCCUACUUCUCUAGCAAACACAAAGUAGGGGUUUGUUUAAAGGGGCUUUGCCUGCGGAGCCGCCCCAGCGUCUGCUCCUGUGGGUAGAGUGGGAAUUGUGGCCAUUGGCUGCCAUGGCGGUCUGUGAAAACGAUGGCGGUCUUGGGCCUUCCUCCCACUAGCAUUCUCCCUCCCCCCCAAGGAAGGCUGCCUCUGCCCACGGAUUUUCCGGCCUUCUUAAGUCCUGUUCUUGGAACUGAACCUUGAACGGGCCCCCUCAUCAACUCCAGCACCCAGGCCCAAGUGGUGAUUGGCUCAACCGUGAGGAGCCUUAGGAAUUGGUUCUGUCUUGUUCCAAUCAUGGUUUACAAAAGCAGUUGGACAGCAUUUUCAGCGCUGAUUUAUGAUACGUGAUUUCACAAUGUUUUCAUCUUGGUAUGUUCAUUAUUGAUUCUGAUUUGAAAACAUUUAAGACUUGAAAACCCAUGUGUAAUGGUGAAAUUUAAUUUCUCCCUUCCUCCCCACACAAUGUCUUUAGUAGUUAGUGACUUCUGGAUUCAGACCAAUCAAUAAAAGGGGAUCAGCUAGUUCUC